AUGGUACAAGUGCAACCAUCUAUAAACAAAAAUGGAAAUCUGAAAAUACCCGUCAAAUUUGAAAAAUUGGUCCAGCCGUUAUCAAUUGAUGAAAAGGAUCAUAAUAGACCAAAACAAUUGAUCAGUGUUAAUCGAGGUGUUAAUGAAGUUUUAACAAAUGAUCUUGCUGUUGAAAAUGAUUAUUUUAAGUAUAAAUUAUUGAAGAAUCCUUGGGUUCCAAGUAUCCAUUAUAAUUUUAAGAAAGAUAUUGUUGUUGGAAAUCGUGCAUUUUUAUUUAAGUGGUUUUCAAUUUAUCCUUGGCUGGCUUAUUCAAAAAUAUUUAAGGGCACAUUUUGUCUAUACUGUGUUUUAUUUCAAACUCAUGUAUCUCAUGGAGGUUUUCAAGAACAGUUUAUAAAUAAGCCUUUCCAACGUUAUAAAAAGUUUUUAGAAAAAGCGAACAACCAUUCAAAAACUCAAUGGCAUAUUGAAUCUUCUAUACGCUUCAAUGAUUUUAUAAAUAUGACGAGUAAAAAUUCUAGUGUACAUCAGAUGAUAAAUACAAACUACAAAAAUAAAAUUGAUGCAAAUAGAAAGAAAUUAAUACCUAUAUUAUCAUCACUAUAUUUUUGUGCAUUACAUAAUUUACCCAUAAGGGAAAAGACGGAUGAUUCAGCUGUUUUUAAUAAGUUAUUACAAUUCAGAAUUGAUGCCGGGGAUAAUAUUUUAAAAGAUCAUUUGGAAAAUGCCCCUAAAAAUUUAACUUAUAUUUCUCACCGUACACAAAAUGAGAUGUUAGAAUCAAUGUCUGCAACAUUAAAAUCUGUUAUAUCACAAGAAAUUAAUGAAGCUUCUUGUUUUUCUAUUAUUGCCGAUGAAACAGCAGAUAUAAGUGGCAUUGAACAGUUAUCCAUUUGUAUACGAUUUUUAAAAGAUAACAAUUUGCAUGAAGAAUUUAUUGGGUUUUAUCCUUUAAAAGAAUUUGAUGCCGAGUUCAUUUCUAAAACAAUAUUAGAAGCAUGUAAUCAUAUGUAA